AUGUUCAAGCGGAUGUUUGAAACCGCGACAGCGACUGCGUGCCCAGAAGCAACCGGCACGGCACCUUCGGAGCAUGCAAACAGCAUGGACCUAGAUCUAUCUGCCACAGAAUCUGACAGCACCAAACCUGGACAGGCUCAGCCAGUUAAGUCUACCCACAGUGGUCCUUCAUAUCCUGAUAUAGCUACUGCGGCAAGUGGAGAACUUGAAGCAAAGUGGAAAUGGUCGAUAUUGAAAGACACAUGGACUGACUGCCAUAUGUUCAACUUUCCCUCAAGAAGCAUCCAUGGGAAAAUGAGAAAGCUGUCAUCAAGCUGGUUGACAGACCACCCCUGGCUCAGAUACUCGAUUUCUACAGAUGCCUUAUUCUGCGCCCCCUGUUUCGUAUUUGGACGGAAAGAUGCGAAGGAGAAAACUUUCAUCAGUACACCAGUGAAGGAUUGGUCCAACCUAGCCAAGUACGUCAAGAGGCACGAAUUAGCAGAGUCAAACCAUCACAAUGUUACAGCUAUGGCGGAACAUUUUCUUGAUAUACAAUCAGGUAAGAUGGAACCCAUCACAAGUUCUGUAUCGGACAGUCACAGACGCCUAGUGGAGCAGAACCGCCAUAUUCUCAGGAAAAUUAUAGAAGUAAUCGUCCUUUGUGGUAAGCAAAAUAUCGCUAUCAGAGGUAAUACAGAAGAACGAAGCAAUUUUUUAGCCAUACUGCAUUCAAAGGCAGCAGAUGACCCUAUCCUAGCACAGCAUCUAAAUGUUCCAGAAAAUCGUAGGGCAACAUACACAUCGCCCGACAUACAGAAUGAACUGAUCUGUUUGUGUGCUGAGCAGAUACAGAUCGAAAUUGUGCAGGCAUGCAAUGAUGCAGUCUGUUUCGCUCUUAUAGCCGAUGAGUCGACCGACAAGUCAACAAAAGAACAGGUGUCCGUGUGUCUGCGAUUUGUCCAACGUGGAAGCGGUUCCCAGCAAUUUAGAGUCCGUGAAGAUUUUCUUGGAUUUGUUCAAGCAAGUAGAACAACUGGCGAGGUACUUGCAGAACUACUCUUGACCUCUCUUGAAAAUCAUGGAAUCGAAGUAGAUAAGAUGCGGUCUCAGGCUUAUGAUGGUGCCGCAAAUAUGUCUGGAAAGCACAGGGGCGUACAGGCACGAAUUCGUCAACGGGUGCCGUCUGCGCUGUAUGUACACUGUAGAGCCCACUGCCUCAACCUAGCAGUUAUGCAUAGCAGCAAGGACCCAUGCAUAAGGUGGACUAGCCGAGCCGAUGCCCUCUCAACGUUCAAGUCAGCAUACAGCGUUGUUGUUCAUGCCCUUGAACAGCUACAGGAGGAUGGCGAUGACAAGGCAGGCCAACACUUGGCGUCGAUCAUGAAGUUUGACUUCAUAAUCGGACUGGUCGUUGCUGAGCACGUUAUGCAAAGUACAGUUCCGUUGUCUUAUCUUCUUCAGGCAGUCGACUGCGAUUUGCUUGAGGCAACGCGAGAAAGUCAAACCCUCAUCCGCCAGUUUCAAAACGAAAGGGCAGACCCUAAUGUCUGGGAAGCAUUGUUUCAGAGCGCUAAAGAUAUUGCAGCAGAAUUUGAGAUUGAACCUUCAAUGCCCCGUCUUGCUCAACGCCAACGAAACCGGGCAAACCCACCGGCCAAUGAUCCACAACAGUAUUGGCAGCGAGCUCUCUACUUCCCUUUCUUGGACCAUUUGUGUCAAGAACUUAGCGACAGAUUGAUUGUGGCCGAGGAAAGAUUCCGUGCACAGUACUUGAUUCCAUCCAAGUUGAACCUUUGCACAGACGGAAUGGUGGAUCUCAUUUUUGCGGGGUAUUCGGUGGACCUACCUCAGGGAAACCAGUCAUUCCAUAACGAGGUUAGGCGGUGGAAGGCUAGAUGGCAAUUGAUGGAUGAAAAUGACAAACCAAGCACAUUGGGUGAAACUGUAGCAUCAACCAAUCCGGAUCUUUACAAGGGAGUUUAUACAGUACUCACCAUUCUUCUGACCAUGCCGGCAUCAUCUGCUACUGCUGAACGGAGCUUUAGCGUUAUGCGCAGGGUGAAAACCUACCUGAGGUCGACGAUGCGGACAGAGCGCAUGACAGGACUUGCCCUGAUGCACGUAUAUCGGGAUGUUAACAUUGACAUUGACCAGAAGUCCCCCGUGUGGUCUGAAUUCCGAGCGCAUUCCUCGGCUGCUUCAGCGGAGUUGUGCUUUGAUGGGCCCGAGACAGCCCCAUUCAGAACCGGAAGUAACAUAGAAGCAUUACAGGAUGGAUCACAGGAUAGUUGCAGAAUUGAUGCGGAUAGUUUCUACAACCCUGGGUUGUCUGUGACUUCAACAACCGUGAUAGGUGGAUUUAUAACUUUACUUUGA